CCCGGUGGCUAAUGACGUGCUGACGUAAGACGUGUGAACAACAAACAGUUGUUGGACUUCAACAAGCUAGCGAAUGGCAUCGCUAGACAAAAACAGGUUCAACAGACUUCUCCUGGGUACAGAGAGACCUACGAGAUUUAAGCGGUCGGAAUAUCUUUAGAAUAAUCUCAUAACAGUUAGCGCUGUUAGUGCCGGCAAAUCUAACUUCGGCACGGUUCCCUAGCGCCAACGUUAGCCACCGAAACAUGCCCAUUGCUCGGAGUGUGACGCCUGUUUUUUUUCUGGCUGCCGCUGGGCGAAGGUUGUGAUGCGAGCCGAGCUGCAGCACGGCAGAGGGUGAGACAAGAGCUACAGCCGCUAAUUAUUUUUCUCGGCACAGGAGCAUGGACUUUGUUGGGGGGAAACAGACAGGCUCACUCAAAGAAGCAGGCAUGCGACCGCACACGGGCCUGGAUGUCAUUGUUGGGCAACAACUUUAGCAAGCUAGCUAACAUUAGCUCGCUCAAAUUCGUGUAAAUGAAUCGGUCUGGUGUCGGGCAGUAAGCUCCCUUGGCUAGCGUAAUGAAGGCGCCCUGAGUGACUUGUUCAUUUCAAUUGACUGUCCUGGUCCUCUGAAAUACUGCCAGGCAAUGUGCUGACGACCAGGGAGCCUUAAGUCGGUUCCCACUUGGAGCAAAAGGACACGGUUUGCAGAAAUAAUUAAGUAUUGGUUGCCUGCCUCGGUGAUAGUUGAGCAAAGUUGCCUGGCUUGGCAAAUAAAUAAUUACUGAAACAAUAUCUAUUUCUCACAGGCAUCACAUGUUUCUUGUAUUGAUAUUUGUGUGAAAUUGCACUUUAGCUCGUUUUUAAGCCUGCACCAAAGUCGUCUGGGAUUUGGGGAUCGUGAAAACUAUAAUUCAAAUCACUAUAUAUCAUAGUUUUUGUUGUAUAUCACAAUACAACAAACCAGUCAAGAUAUAGGUAUAAUUUCCUGAUUGCACUUGAAUAUAAUUUGGUCAAUUAAGGACCGGGAUAGGUGCACAUCUACCUAUAUUGUUGUGAGACAGAGACCAGAGACAGGCUUAUCCGUGUCAGCGGGUUCCUAGUUAUUGUUUAACCUAAUAUCUAGGCUGUCUGGCACUGUUAAAGACUGAGUUUCACUGGAAAUGAAAAUAUGAAUAUCGAGGAGCAGUGUCUAGAUUUGUGCAAUGUCAAGACAAAAAGCAACGUGGAUGAUGAUCACAACACUACCAACAACACAGAAGGGGUCACCCCUCGGAUCUCUGAACUGAUGACAGAUAGUAACACAGAAAAGCAAAGCAUCGUUUCCACAGAGGCCUCUGAAACGUACCUGAUGCCUCAGCUCACUGACAACCUUCAGGCAGCAGAGGAAGAUAACCACCAGGUACAAGACACACUGGAAAUUGAUGAGGUCAAUGGAAAUAGAAAGAGUAGUGUCCAAGACACCCCUGUGAUAGUGAAUCCCACUGACUUGAUCUUCAAUAAUGAUGAGCAGCACAAGGACGAUAUUGGGGUGGAGAAAAUUAAGGAAGAUAAAGACACUGACCCUGAUGUUGGUGAAAGGGAGGAUGGCGGGGAAAUGGAUAUAGGUGUGGAUCUGAGUCUGGACGAGAGUGGGGUGUUGGAGGCGGAAUCAACAAACGUCAGAUCAUUGUUAGACAAUACUUUGGACUCCGAGUCCACGUCUCAGGAUGUCCCAGCUGGUAGCAUGGCAGAAAGCCCAUCAGAUGCAAGCCAGACGAGCAGCACAGAGGCUCCUGUCACGGAGCAGGCUGGACUGUACCCCUCAGUAGAGGAAGGGGAUGAUGAACACAAACCAAGUGGCAAAAGGGUCACAUUUCCUUCAGAUGAGGACAUUGUCUCUGGAGCAGUGGAGCCCAAGGACCCCUGGAGACACGCUCAGAAUGUGACAGUGGAAGAGAUCCUCUCAUCCUACAAACAAGCAUGUCAGAAACUCAACUGUAAACCUAUACCCAAAGUGCUCAAACAGAUACAGGAACUGAAAGAGCUGACACAGCGAAAUGAAUGCUUAGAUCUAAAAGGUGAGAAGCUGGACUAUAAAGCAUGUGAGUCUCUGGAAGAGAUUUUGAAGAGGGUCCAGUUUAAAGUGAUAGACCUGGAGCAGACCAACCUGGAUGAAGAUGGUGCAUCAGCUCUGUUUGACAUGAUAGAGUAUUAUGAGUCAGCCACACAUCUCAACAUCUCCUUCAAUAAGCACAUUGGCACACGAGGAUGGCAGGCUGCAGCUCACAUGAUGAGAAAGACGAGCUCUCUGCAGUAUCUCGAUGCACGUAACACUCCUCUGCUGGACCACUCGGCUCCCUUUGUAGCACGAGCGCUCAGGAUCAGUGGCAGUCUGGCAGUCCUCCACCUGGAGAAUGCUGGCCUGUCUGGCAGACCACUCAUGUUACUGGCUACAGCUCUGAAGAUGAAUAUGAACCUGCGGGAGUUGUACCUUGCAGACAAUAAGCUCAAUGGUCUGCAGGACUCAGCCCAACUUGGCAACUUGCUGAAGUUCAACUGCAACAUCCAGAUUCUGGACCUGCGUAACAACCACAUCCUAGACUCUGGUCUGGCCUAUGUGUGUGAAGGACUAAAAGAGCAGAGGAAAGGUCUUGUCACUUUGGUGCUAUGGAACAACCAGCUCACACACAACGGCAUGGGCUACCUCGCUGCUGCACUGCCAUGCACCCAGAGUCUGGAGACUCUGAACCUUGGCAAUAACUCAGUGGGUAAUGAAGGGGUCCACAAGCUGAAAGACGGACUGAUUGCCAACCGCUCUGUGCUCAGACUGGGCCUUGCUUCCACAAAACUAUCCUGCGAAGGAGCUGUGGCUGUGGCUGAAUUCAUCGCUGAGAGCCCCAGAUUGCUGCGUCUGGACCUUCGAGAGAAUGAGAUCAAGACAGGUGGACUGAUGGCCCUGUCGCUCGCCCUAAAAGUCAACACCUCCCUGCUGCGUCUUGAUCUUGACCGGGAGCCGAAGAAAGAAACUGUGAAGAGCUUCAUUGAGACCCAGCGCGCCCUGCUGGCUGAGAUCCAGAACGGCUGCAAGCGGAACUUUAUCCUGGCUAAAGAGAAGGAGGAAACUGAGCAGAAGAUGAGGCAGUCGGCUUCCAUGGCUGAAAUCGCCACAGAGGAUGGAACCAGAGAAGAACAGGAGGAAGAGCCAGCAUCAGAGGAGAUAGGUGACAGAAAGGGGAAAGGGGGAGAAGAAGGGGAAAAGGAUGAAACAACAGGAAAUGAAGGACAUAAAAGCAGCCAGUCAGGAGCGACCUCUGAGACUAACGUUUCUCAAGGGACCCCGGAGUCGGACUCAGACACUGAGGAUGAGGAGGAAGACGAGGUGGUAACAAAGUCCUCCACGUCAAACUCCUCCACACGUUCAAACCAGACUGGUCCUCAAACCCAGACAGGGGCUCCACAGCCCCCCCUCAGUGCCUCACGUACAUCCUUGUCCCCAUCUGCUUCACCCGCUGGAGGGCCAAGUGUCAUUUCCGGCAUCACUGUCACAGAAGCCGCGGUUCCUCCCGGCAACCCUCCAUCUCCUGGCCGCUGUAUAUCAGUUUCAAGCCCAGGGAGGGGUCAUAAGAUUUUCAUGGUGACCCGGGUGGAGAGCCCCCCUGAGCCGCAGCAGCUACAACUCCAGAUAAGUGCGCCGGCAGCUCCCAGCCAAACUAAAGAGUUAUCAAAGAAGCCCAUCGACACAAACACACAGCCCAUGACACAGCAGACACAGUCACCGGCUGCAUCUCAAACACCUACACAAACACAGCUGACACAGGAGGACAUGAAGGUGUGUUCACCUGCUUCGUCAACAGACUGUAAACUGACAGAGCAGAGUACUGUAGCACACUCUGAGUACACACUUAAUACUACACAGACCCACUCACUACAGCCACAAUCUACAAGUAAACCCACAGAGAAUGUAACAGCUAGUACUUUAAACGCAGAAGUGACAGAUCCAAAUCUACAUGCACCAGCCCUGCCUUCAGAUUCCUCACCGGUGCAGGCUGUAGCAUGUCAGCUCACUGAGGAGGUAAUAGAGAGCACCAAAAGCCCCCGACUUGAGCCCACUUGUGUGGAAGGAGAGGAGGAAGGAGAGGAGGAGGAGGAAGGUCCUAUAGAAGAUGACAGAGAGGUGAUGUCCCCUGAUAGCAGAGAAGAAGGGUGUAAACCGUUAGAGGAGCUGAGUCAAACCCAAACUAGUACUCCUGCAGUGGACAACCAACAGCAACAGUUAAAUUCUACACUUGAACAGCUACAGAACGAGCUGGCAUCUGCAUCAGAGGAGACCCAGUCACCGAACCAAACAGAGGAAGCAGACAAAGAGGAGACACUUCCACAAGAGGAGAAGCAGGAAGUACCAGCCAACUUGUCAGAUAUCAAAAAACCCAGUUUAACGGAGAAAGAACACAGCCAGCCAAACCAAGAGGAACCAAGUCCAAAGCAGCAAACAGAGGCAGAUGAACAGAGAGUACAGUCUGUUCUCUCUGUCAAGACUGAUCAACAGGCACCAUUUGUCAUUCAGAGCGGAGCACAGGAGACAAAUCCUCAAGCAGAAGAAGCCUCACAGACUCCCGAAUCUGCCAUGACUGGGUCUCUCUCCCCAGUCAAAGCGGAGAAUUCACCCGAUGAGAGCUCUGCAGACGAGGUCGAGUGUUUCACCGAGGCUCUGGAUGGAGAGGUGGUUGGAUCAGCUCUACCCAACGGCCUGAAGCCCGAAUUCUCCCUCCAUCUUCUCGAUGCUGAAAGCCCCAAGCCCGGCAGCUGUGUGAUGGAGCACGUGAGUGUCAGCUGUGGACAGGACCUGGAGGAGCUGCUGCUAGAAGCCAGUUUGGAUACAGGGAGAGAGGCACCAUGAGGUUGUGAGUGACUUCAAGGACAGGAGAAACAGCACUCAAAAUAGUUUGGCUGGCUCUACUCUGAGACUGUUUGCCCUACAAUGUUUUUGUCAUUUCUUUGACUUUACCACCAACAUGACCUUUCCAUAAAGGACAAAAGACCUGGUGUUGAAGUCGAAGCUUUACACACGAAAAUACGAGCAGAUCAUGGAAAAGACACACAGGACAAAAUCAACCUCUCGAGCUUGGCUGUGACAAAUAAGGAAUCCUCUACAUCCACACUACAUCAACCACUGAAACACACAUACAUACAUAUGCACGCUGAGUAUGAGAGGGGGGGGGGAUAAAAUCACCCUUUUAUCACUACAUUUUGUCAAUCUCUAGUCUUUACACACAAAGCAACUGCCUGUGAGAGAGAAAGAAGUGAGAUGGGGGACAAAGGAUGGAGGACAAAACACUAACCAAAGACAGAACACAGACCUUUCUCACAGCCCAUACUUGCUCCCUUGUGUAGAUUUCCACUGUAGUUGGGGAAAUAACUAGCAAUUAAAGGUUUUUCAUAACACACGUACACAAAGACAUAACGAUGAUGAUGAGAAAAAGUGUGUUUGAUGGCACACUCAGAAGACGGACCCUGCUGAGUGGACCUGCUGGCUUUAAACACUUGUUCUAGAGGUGGAAGUAGGUCACCGUCAGAGGCUUUUAUAUCCACAGAAGCUGAAGAUGUUAACAUGUCUGUUUAAAUGUCAGCGUUUUAUGUCUGUGUCCCCACUCCCAAUCAUUCUCCCCUUUGGAAAAAGAAAAAACUCGAAGGGACCUUUGCCAAAGUGACUUUCCUCUUGUCUGUUUUCUCAUCCUCUGCUCACUUUGGCCCCUCAGGA